GGUAUGCAAUUGCUUGCUUGGCCUUACAGUACUGACGUACGUUGACGUCCUUUGGUACAAGUACUCCGUAAAGAGAAGAGACCAGCUUUCGCGACCCGCGCAUGUGUAUGCCUUCCCGAGUCUUAACCCACCCAUUUGUGUUGUAAGCGCACACGUCAAGUGGGAAAAUGUGCGCGUCUAGUCCAACAUGACAUCUCUUCUCUCACCCCCCAAAGUUGUCCUUCUGGCGGCGCACUUUGCUAUCAAAUCCGAUGUCGACAGCUUGACCAUACUCGCCCUACGAUAUGACAAGGUCUUACAGAAGGAGCUCCUCCUGCGCAUACUCUUGACUUGUCUACCCGAAACUACUGAGCCAGCCCGAUACGUCGAGUUGCUCCAGAGACUAGAAUCAGACGAAUUUGAAAAAGACGAUGCAUCCCGCGAGAUUGAUGCCUCGUCGGUGGAACACUUCACCGAUGUUGAAGUCGCAAAGAAGGUCCGAAAGCUACGACUACUUCCCUUGACCUCGUCCGUCGCGCCUAGGCAUGCAACAGAAGACUUGCUCAGUCAAUUCUUGCUUGCCCGUGCCCACCGGAUCGACGAAGAGGCUGGUCUGCUCACGCAAAUUCCUGAUUUAAUUGUCCCUUUUCUAGACCAUGCUCCCUGCAUCCGAACAUGGAUGAUAUCCGCCUUGUUACCUCUGCUGAGACGAAACUACGAAUAUUACCCGCAUAGCCCAAUACAACACACUCUAUCAGAAUUCGAGCAGCUCAACGACCGGGCUGCCGUAGCCCUGCUUCUCGAACAGACUGGUGUGAGCGACGACAGUCUUUCUCACAUUGGCCGAGACUUGCGCGGUCUUAUAGGUCCGUGGUUAUAUAAUGAUGCCAGAUGGAAAUAUGACGAUACUCUCAUCGGAGAAGAUGGGCAACCAGUAUCACAAAACAAGACGUGCCCAGGCUGGGAGCAAAUGCUGGAAUGGCUUACGGAACAAGCAUCCAGGUCGUGGAUCGUCGCCGUGAAAGCAAUCGAGCAGUGGGAUGGACCCAAUGAUGUCGACUUGAGCGGCUAUGGAUCUAUGUGGAUGGAGGACGAGGACCAAGGCUAUCUCGAAUCGAGAUACGCUCGUGCUGCAUUAGCGGCAGCAUAUCUAGUGACAGAAGCGUCCGUUGAAGCCUUGGUUGGGGUGAAUACUAUCAUUACCAGAGUAAAUGCUCUACUUGGGGAAGACCCCAUGCCCACCCUUCAGGUUGCUUCCUCGUUGCUGCCACCGCUUAACGAGCUCAACAAUGAGUCGAUCAUAGUUGCCAAGAACGCGACGCAUAUGCGCAACGACCUGCUGGAAGAGUCGAAUAUCCUUACAGCUCCUACGAAGCAAUCCACACAUAUUCUGCAUGCAUUGACUUUAAGUGCUUUCAUACUUACGAAAGCUGGUGCUCCCUGCUGCAUUCGCAGAGCCGGUGAACUGGCCUUCCUCCAAGACCAGCGAGAACAGAAGAGUGAGGCUCUCAAGUUUAUCAACACAUUGCGCAACAAUACAGCGAAGACGGAUGAUAAAUAUUGGGUACGCGCACGAAAUGAGCUUUUAUGGCUACGGGAUUGGGGUGCUGAAGAAACUGCAAGUGACGCCUCGACAAGGUUGCAGGGUGUUUUCGGUCGGCUCGACAGGGCAUUCCUCGAAAUUGAGUGCCUCAAAGCAUUCCUUGCCAGUGGACGAUACUCUCUUGCAAGAUCCAUAUACGAAGACUCACACGAGAAGAUUCUCUCUGAAAAAGUCCUCGAGGACACUAUCGUUGCAGCAGCUAUGAAUGCAUAUGACAACGCCUCGAAUCCAAACCGUACUCGGGGCGGCUUACUCAAAUGCGAUGAUAUUGUACAUGCGUUCCCCAAGACAUUGCCUACAGACGGGGCUGCUGCGAAGAAAAUUGAAGCUCUUCUGAGAGCAACCCAUGGCUUAAGCUCUUAUCGUCUAGCACUCAAACAAGGAGAGCCGUUCACGCCAGUGGUUCUGCGUGUUCAUUCCGAUCCCGUGUCUAUUGUUGGGAAAGUAUUGCAACAAAAUCCACACAGCUACACCAGACUGCAGGCUUUCCUUGAAAUAGGAUCCAACAUGGUUGAGGCAGGACUACCCGUGCAGAAAAAGUCAAAUAGGCCUUUGGCAGUCCUCGAUGAACUCGAACAACAUGCGUUGGUCGAGAAGCGCGUGACUUCUAUGUGUAUAGAUGCAGCUUUGACGGAAGAUGACUUCGAAACUGCAUACUCUUACGUCGUGAACAGACUGGCGUCUGGGAGGACUGUACUGACAUCGGCCGAUGAAUACUCCUGGCGAGCCGCUUUGGAGGCGGGUAAGUACCGCCGCACGGCGCGUACGAUUCGCCCGACACAUAUUGGCACAUCUAGCGGCAAUCUCGAUGUUCGACACCUGGAGCAACGAAUUGAGUGUCUUUCAACUGCACUAAGGAUCGCGCCAACAGAUACACUGCAGGAAAUAUUGAAGGUUUUCCGCAAAUGUGAAGAAGAGCUUGGUGCAGCUGUGAAGGCGGACGAGGAACAAGAAUCCGCCUGGGACGACCAGGGUGACGUCCAAGCCAUGCCUGGAGGAUUCAGUAGCGAAGUGCCUGCUGGCGUCGUCAGGAGCAACACCACAAGGUCUGCCAAGCAGCAGGAGGAAGCGCCAAUGUCAUUGUUCGAUCUUUCAAGGGCGACCAUGGCACGCGCACAGUUCAACCUUCCUGCGCUUUCGAGUUUGCAACGCGGCGAGCAACAGGCUAAGCAAAGUACACCCGAGGAACACGAUGAUCAGAACCGAGUCAGAAAGAGAGAUCAGCUGAGAGAAGCUGCGGUAGGGACACUGGCAUCGGGUGUCGGCUGGCUCAUUGGAGCUCAGCCUGCACGACCACAGUCGCGGGCUUCUGAAUAGCCUGGCUGGAUGGGAUAUAGUAAUGCUUAAUGACUGACGAUAGCGAAGAGUUGUACAAUUCAAAGACCAU